UAUCGUUACUUCCAUCGCCUCUUCACUAUCUUCCUCCUCUUCCACGAGAGUUGAAAAACCACCGCUUUGUUCGUUCGUCCAAUCAGAGCGAUACAUUUCGGGUUGACGCAUAUACAUACACAUCAUCAUCAUCAUCAUCAUCAUCUGCAGACUCUCAAGGACGAAGAAGACGACGAAAGAUGGUGAGGAUCAUUCCCAUGGCGUCCUCAUUCCGACCUUCCCUCGGCUGUUUCUCCGCAUCUCCUCGCUUCUCUACCUCUCUCUCUUCCUUCAAUCGCUCGCGCACCGUUCCUUGCACCCGUUUCUCCGGCGCUGUUCAUCAUUCACUACACUGUGGGCUGAAGUCCUCUACGUUGUUGAGAAGGGGGGUUAACAGCUUUGGAGUGGCAGCAUUUGGGGAUGCAGCUCAAGCAAGCACAACUGCUGCCCAGGAGGAUCUUCUGGAGUGGGUCAAAAAGGACAAGAGAAGGAUGCUUCAUGUAGUUUAUCGUGUCGGGGACAUGGACCGGACAAUAAAAUUCUAUACUGAAUGUCUGGGAAUGAAGCUUCUACGCAAACGUGAUAUACCAGAAGAGAAAUAUACAAAUGCAUUCCUUGGUUAUGGGCCUGAAGAUUCGCACUUUGUGAUUGAGCUAACGUAUAAUUAUGGGGUCGACAAUUAUGACAUUGGAGAUGGCUUUGGACACUUCGGUAUUGCAGUUGAGGAUGUUGCAAAAACUGUUGAGCUUAUAAAAGCCAAAGGUGGCAAAGUUACCCGAGAGCCUGGUGCUGUCAAGGGUGGCAAAACUGUAAUUGCUUUUAUAGAAGAUCCUGAUGGCUACAAGUUUGAACUCUUGGAAAGAGGUCCUACACCAGAACCUCUCUGUCAAGUUAUGCUUCGUGUUGGUGAUCUCAAUAGGUCCAUAAAUUUCUUUGAGAAGGCUUUCGGAAUGGAGCUUCUCCGGACAAGAGACAAUCCAGACUACAAGUACACGAUAGCCAUGAUGGGAUAUGGUCCAGAAGAUAAAAGUGCAGUUCUUGAGCUGACAUAUAAUUAUGGCGUCACAGAAUAUGCAAAAGGGAAUGCUUACGCUCAGAUUGCUAUAGGCACAGAUGACGUCUACAAAACCGCUGAGGCAAUAAAACUCUGUGGAGGAAAAAUCACCCGGGAACCUGGGCCAUUACCUGGUAUUAAUACCAAGAUUACUGCAUGCUUAGAUCCUGAUGGUUGGAAGACGGUAUUUGUUGACAACAUCGAUUUCCUGAAAGAGCUGGAGUGAGCAACCAAAGAAGGGAGCAACCAAAACGCCUGGAACCGGGUCUGAACAGGAGCAAAAGACACAUCGGAAUCCUAAUCUGUUCCCUACUAUUAGCUUUGAAGAAAUACUCUGGCCAGCCUCGUCUUCAUAGAGCAAGCAAGACAGGUAAUCUAAGUCAUUUAAUGCACAAUCUGUUUGGAUUCGAUCUUUCUACAGUGGUUAUAUUAGUUCACUAUUGUUAGAAACGCUGCUGUGAUUAGUGUAGUUUGUUCAAAAACUGCACUGAUGUCACGUCGUGUAAAUCAGGGAGUUGCAAAUUUACCAUUAGAAAGAGUGAAUAAAAGUUUCAGAUUGGUUUCGCUUU